CCCACAAAACGCAUACACGACAGAUAAAUCAACAAAAACUGUGAAAAUACACCAAAUAUUGGACCAAAAAUUUGGUACAGUUCACGGAAUAUACAUUGGUUUUAUUAUUGAGGAUUGGAUUAUUAAUAAUUGUGAGAAUUGGGAAGUUACACAAACAUCUGUUUCGGCGUUCCCCUCCUCUGCGAGGGUCCGGCUGGUUCACUAAGAGACGACUAAACGCUUGCAAUGCUUUCUACUGGCUGAACUCCUCAUGUCUUCGAUGAGCAGAUCCCGGGGGAGCCUCUCCCCAGCCGCCUCCGAGAGAUCCACGCUCCCCAUGGGAGCUUCAGCCGAACCAGGCAGCCCGGAGUUCAAGCCACUAGAACCGACCAGAGAGCAGUUGCUAACGCACUUUUUCGAGCGAUUCAAAUUCUACACAUCACUUUGCCUCGGCACGUCAGCUAUACUCGCAGUCUUCGCCUUCCUAUUCUUAAUACCCUUUGUCGUGGAGCCCGCGAUCCAAACCAUCCUAGCAGAAUUCGUCCCAGAAGCUGGCAUCUGUGCGGUUUCCGAACACGUCCAAGCGAAUACUUUAACCAACUGCACAUGGGCAUCAUGUCGGGAGGGCUGCACAACUGCCCACACAAAAUGCCACAAGAUCCGCGUCAAUCUAGCAAGAAGACCUUAUGAGGAAGGCGCAAAAGUACCAAAGGAAUGGGACGAAACUGACUUGAAAUUCCUAAUCAACCCUGAGGGUUGCGGAUAUCCACCGAGAGUGAACUGUUCUAUAUUCGCAAGCGAGUAUGCAGGGCCUAAAGCCCCGAAGAUAUUUCCAUGUUACUAUAGCCUGACGAGGCCAGAUCUGGUGGUCGCGAGGUAUUCAUGGGAGUCAACAGUUAGGGGCUUAAUAUUGGCCCUGGUGCUACCCACGACUGUUUUCGUGUUCAGUCUAAGUGUGCUCGCUUAUUGGCACUGCCGCUGCUGCGACAGAGCAUGCAAUAGGCGAGUUCACGCCGAAUCGUAUGCGAGUAAAGAGGACAGCAAACUCCUCUGCGAGUUGGAUGACGAUCCGAGUGACGAAGUGUUCUGACGCCGCGCUUCCGCCGCCCGCCGCCGCACCUCCCCCCGCAACUAUACGCAGCUUUAAAGACGCCGAUUGGCUAAUCUUGCGAUGACGUCAUUUGUGUGAUGUGGUGACUGGUAGCCACUGCUAAAGUUCGUAUCACUGACUAUUACGUAGCCACUUUUAAAGCCUGUAACGCUACGUAUAUUACAUACGUAAUAGCCAUUUCUGAAGUCUGUAGCACUUACUACGUUUGUAGCUACCGUUAAAGUCUGUAGCAUUGACUACGUAUGUAGCCAUUUCUGAAGUCUGUAGCACUUACUACGUCUGUAGCUACUGUUAAAGCUGUAGCUUUGACUACGUAUGUAGCCAUCUGAAGUCUGUGGCACUUACUACGCCUAUUAUAGCUACUAUCAAAGUCUGUAGCAUUGCCUACGUAUGUAGCCAUUUCUGAAAUUCGUAGCACUUACUACGUAUGUGGCUACUGUUAAAGUUGUAGCAUUGACUACGUUAUGUAGCCAUUUCUGAAAUCCGUAGCACUUACUACGUAUGUAGCUACUGUUAAAAUCUGUAGCAUUGACUACGUAUGUAGCCAUCUGAAGUCUGUAACACUUACUACGUAUGUGGCUACUGUUUUGUACGUAACAUUGACUUCGAGUGAUCACUUCUAAGGUUCGUAGCACUAAUUGAGGCGUAGCUAACCCUAAAGUUCCGUAGCACUGACUACGUCGUGUCCACUGUAGCCGUAUUUAUUCUAACCAAGAAAUACGUCUUGUAUAACACUUCGAAUUUUCAUAGCCUCGUGACAUAUGGAAUCACUGAAGAACUUUCUCUACUACGUCGUAGCCUUUGUUUUUCGUAGACGGCCAGUGUUACGCCUCGUAGCUACUACGAGUAAAGUGACUACAGAAAUACGGGCGACAUGUUUGUAUGGUACCACCUUAAAUUUGUCGUGUUAAACGGUACAUAACUUUAAGAUAAUUUACUAAAGAACUUUGGUUCGAGGUCACUUUACGGUGCUAUUAUGAACUACGACGUCACACACGUUACUUCAUCGCAAAGCUAGUUAAAAGCGUUACAUCAAUAUUGCGAAUGCGUAUUAUGAAAACUGAGGUACAUUUUACAAUAACGAUUAAUGGCAAUAAUGAAAUGAAAUAAAGAAUUUUACUAUUCGAAGCUUAAGUAGUGACAACACAAAUAUUUCCAAUACUGUGGUUUUUCACACAUAAAAUAGUGUUUGUUUCUAUGACAUAUUUUGACGCAAACGCAAACUUUUGGGGUGGUAUAUGAAAAUGAGCAGUAUUAUAACGAUUUUGGCGGGCAGCAGGGCUUUUGCUUGAUAUUUGUAUAAAUAAUGUUUUGAGAAAAAUGAUAACAUAAAAAAUUGAGCGUCUCUUUGUUAUAAAAUUGAGCUAUGCCGGAUAUUAUAGUUGUAUAAGUUUUCUUUGAUCUUUUUUGCUUCCGGAAACGCGUGACUUUAAUAUUGUGUUCUGUAUAAACUAGCUAAUAAGUAUACCUAGAUAGAAUAAUUCCUAUUGAAUAGUGCAAAAAUAUUAAGGCAAAUGAUAAUAAUUAUUGAAAUACAAAAAUAGUUAAGUGGAUUUAUUUGUGAAAAUCAUAAUUUCAGUUUCAAUAACGGUUUGAAUUUUUGAGAUAUCGUAAAUAAUUCAGUUUUUAUCAGAAAAAUAUAAAUAUGAGAAACAAAAGUGAAAUAAAGUUUUUCGCUUUAUAAAAUUAUUGUAAAUGCAACUUAGUUUUUGUACUAAAAUCUUAAAAUUAAUUAUAAUUAAAAUAUUAUGCAACGUUUUAGUUGUAGAUUCAAACAAAAUGUAGAUGAAUUAUAUUCACUUAUAGAUAUAAUUUAAGUAAAUCUUCAAAAUAAUAUUUUGUGUAAUAAUUGUUACAUGAAAUUAUUUACGUUAUAAGUUUGUCAUUUAUCUUAAAAAUGCUAUUUUAGUAUAAAAUAAAAAAAAUAUUAUUAUUUAUAUUUCAAAGUACAACUAAAUAAUAUAAAAUUAUAAUAUACUGCCUUCAAUAAUUUUAAUGUAUCUGCCAUGUUUUUGUGAUAUUAGUGCUUAUCGUGUAAUGUACAUUGCACACAUAGAAAAAUAAUUAAAACAUGCUAAAAUAAACUUAAUAAAAAUAUAACAAAUUGUACCAAUCAUAUCACCAAAACAUAAAAUAUAAUUAUUCGAUCGUACAAAAAAUUAAGUGGGAGCAAAAUCACAAAAGACUAUUUUGUAAUUUUGUUUCUCUUAUAACAAAAUAGAAUGCAACUCAUUACAAAUAAACAAAUAAUAUUUUAAAGUAAAAAAUAAUGAUUUAAAAAUUGCAAAAAUUAAUUUUAAUUAAUAUUAUUAUUGGAGGAUACGUUAUAAUUUUGUGAAAGUUAAAUAUUGGUUUUGUUUGAUUUUGAAAAAGGUUAUAUUGCGUAACUUUCAUUUAAUUUUGCACCGGAGGAGAGCAUUUUUUUAUAAACGUAAGAAAAUCACUACUACAUUUUGAAAGUAAUUGGGUAUGAUGUAGAUAGUCAAUUAUUUUCUAUUUUAAUUCUUUUGAAGAUCAAAAUUUAGUAUGUGAGCCUUUCUCUAUUUGUACGUAGUUUUAUUGUCUGUACGUAGAAUGUGUUUUGCUUUUUCACUUAAUUUGUAUAAAUUAAUAUGUAACCAAUAUAUUUUGUACAUAAUGAAAAUUGUACUUUAAAUAUGCUGUGAAACAAAUGUAAAUAAUAUAAUUUUCAAAGUUAUAUAAAUUAUUUACAUAAGGAUAGUUUUAUUUGUAAGUUUACGCAACAGCAUCUGAAGCGCAAGACGACACAAAUUGUUAUG